ACCUUUUUUUCGAUAAAUUCUCUUAAGUCAUGGGGUGUCUUGGCUUCUGUCGGUGGGGCGAUCUUAUUUACCUCCAGAAGGGGGGGCUUCAGCUGUGCAUUUGAAUACAUGGAAAGCUUGCGCAGUAGCGCAGAGAAUUGUCAUACCCAGCGCGUGUUUGGGCGCCACCCCCUUACCUCAUCGCUUCACCCCCUUUUUUUAUUUUUUUCCUUUAAAAUGAUAUGAAAUGUUCUAUCAUUAACCUCUUCAUUGCUGCAUACAUCGCCGAGGGUUCGCGUUUGUCUUUACGUCUGAAGGCAUCCGGCUCCGACUCCUUCUGGAUGUGAAUGUGGAUUGAUAACACUCUGAAGACCUAGAACAGUUUUUCUGCACAACCUCUUGUUCUCCAGAAGCUGUGAGAGAAGACUGUUCUGCUGGAGAAGACUUCAUCCUGUGCUGCUUUCUGAAGACCCUGGAUUUUUCUUUCAUUCACUCUUCUUUUCUUUUUCCUGUGUCCUUCUUCACAUCACCAUGUCCUCUGGCCUUUGCUCUUUCAGCCUCACUCUUCAUCUAAGCUUUCUCCUGGGCUCUGUCUUAGGCUUAAGUUUAGGCCUUGAGUUCAUGGGACUUCCCAACCAGUGGGCCCGCUACCUGCGCUGGGAUGCCAGCACCCGCAGUGACCUCAGCUUCCAGCUCAGGACCAACGUUUCCACCGGCCUUCUGAUCUACUUCGACGAUGGUGGCAUAUGUGACUUCCUCUGCCUCUCUCUGGCGGAUGGCAGAGUUCAGCUGCACUUCAGCAUCGAUUGUGCAGAAACCACGGUUCUAAGUGAUAAGAAGGUGAAUGAUGGCCUCUGGCACUUUCUUAUGGUCAGUCGGAAUAGGCUGAGGACCACAAUGGUUCUAGAUGGGGAGGCUAUUCCUGCAGAGGUCCGACCACAGAGGCAGAGCAUGAAUAUUGUUAGUGACCUCUUCGUAGGUGGCGUGCCUGGGGAUAUCCGCCCCGAUGCUCUGACUCAAAGUACGGUCAGGGACAUACCCAUGUUCUCUGGAUACUUACAGGACCUCAAGUAUGGCAACUCUGAGCCAAGGCUUCUUGGGAGUCAUGGAGUUCGAUUAGAUCUGGAGGGGCUGUGCACUGAUAACCCGUGUGAGAACGGGGGAGCUUGUCUCCUGCUCGAUGGGGAGCCCACCUGUGACUGCACAGCAACUGGCUAUGUGGGAAAGUUCUGCUCUGAAGAUGUCAAUGACAUUCCAGGACUGGCCAAUCUGAUGGUUGAUGACCAAGGGAGAAGUAAAGCAAGAGAGGAGAAUGUGGCCACUUUCCGCGGCUCAGAGUAUUUAUGUUACGACCUGUCCCAGAAUCCAAUCCAGAGCAGCAGCGAUGAAAUUACCUUGUCCUUCAAAACCCGCCAGAGAAAUGGGCUCAUCCUCCACACUGGCAAGUCUGCAGACUACGUCAACCUGGCACUGAAGGGCGGAGCCGUCUCGCUGGUCAUCAAUCUGGGCUCCGGGGCCUUUGAGGCUAUCGUGGAGCCAGCCAAUGAUAAGUUCAAUGACAACGAGUGGCAUGACGUCAAGGUGACUCGGAACCUGCGCCAGCACUCAGGCAUUGGACACGCUAUGGUGACAAUAUCCGUGGACGGUAUUCUGACUACUACCGGUUACACUCAGGAGGACUACACCAUGCUGGGGUCCGAUGACUUCUUCUAUGUCGGGGGGAGCCCCAGUACUGCUGACCUGCCGGGGUCUCCGGUCAGCAACAACUUCAUGGGCUGCUUGAAGGAGGUUGUCUAUAAGAACAAUGACAUCCGUUUGGAGCUCUCACGCUUGGCCAGGAUUGGAGACACAAAAAUGAAGAUCUACGGAGAUGUGGUCUUCAAGUGUGAGAACGUGGCUACUCUGGACCCCAUCAGCUUUGAGAGCCCGGAGGCCUAUAUCAGCCUGCCCAAAUGGAACACAAAGCGCAUGGGCUCCAUAUCCUUUGACUUUCGUACCACAGAGCCUAAUGGCCUCAUUCUCUUCACACACGGGAAGCCACAGGACAGGAAGGACAUAAGGAGUCAGAAGAGCACCAAGGUGGACUUCUUCGCUGUGGAGCUGCUGGACGGUCACCUGUAUCUCCUCUUAGAUAUGGGCUCAGGGACAAUAAAGGUCAAAGCCACCAGCAAGAAGGCCAAUGAUGGCGAGUGGUGUCAUGUGGACAUCCAGCGGGAUGGCCGCUCAGGCACCAUCUCCGUAAACAGCAAGCGAACUCCCUUCACUGCCAGCGGGGAGAGCGAGAUUCUGGACCUAGAAGGGGACAUGUAUUUAGGGGGUCUUCCGGAGAACCGAGCAGGACUCAUCUUGCCCACUGAACUGUGGACUGCCAUGCUGAACUAUGGAUAUGUUGGCUGUAUCCGUGACCUGUUCAUUGACGGGCGCAGUAAAAAUAUUCGUCAGUUGGCGGAGGCUCAGAACGCGGCUGGGGUGAAGUCUUCAUGUUCUCGGAUGAGCGGCAAACAGUGCGAUAGUUACCCCUGUAAGAACAACGCAGCCUGCAGGGACGGCUGGAACCGAUUUGUGUGUGAUUGUACGGGCACAGGACACUGGGGAAGAACCUGUGAACGAGAGGCUUCCAUCCUGAGCUAUGACGGCAGUAUGUACAUGAAGAUAGUCAUGCCAGUUGUCAUGCACACGGAGGCUGAAGAUGUCUCUUUGCGAUUCAAGUCUCAGCGAGCCUACGGGCUCCUGGUGGCCACCACAUCCAGGGACUCUGCGGACACUCUGCGGCUGGAGUUGGAUGGAGGCAAAGUUAAACUCACUGUCAACUUAGACUGUAUCAGGAUAAACUGUAACUCCAGUAAGGGGCCUGAGACGCUUUAUGCGGGGCAGAAGCUGAAUGAUAAUGAGUGGCACACGGUCAGAGUGGUCCGGCGUGGGAAGACCCUUAAACUUACUGUGGAUGAUGAUGUGGCAGAAGGUACCAUGGCGGGGGAUCACACUCGCUUAGAAUUCCACAACAUUGAGACUGGCUCCAUGACAGAGAAGCGCUUUGCCUCGGCUGUGCCCUCAAAGUUUAUUGGACACCUCCAGAGCCUCAUGUUCAAUGGCAUGCUCUACAUUGACCUCUGCAAGAAUGGAGACAUUGACUACUGCGAGUUGAAGGCCCGGUUCGGUGUUCGGCCCAUCAUCGCUGAUCCUGUCACCUUCCGGACCAAGCCCAGCUACCUAACCCUAUCGACCCUGCAGGCCUACACCUCCAUGCAUCUCUUCUUCCAGUUCAAGACCAUCUCACCCGAUGGCUUUAUUCUCUUCAACAGCGGAGAUGGCAAUGACUUCAUCGCGGUGGAGCUGGUCAAGGGGUAUAUCCAUUAUGUGUUUAAUCUUGGAAAUGGGCCAAACGUCAUCAAAGGAAACAGUGAUCGACCCUUAAAUGACAACCAGUGGCAUCAUGUGGUGAUCACACGAGACAACAGCAACACCCACACCUUGAAGGUGGAUGCCAAAGCUGUCACCCAGGUCAUCAAUGGAGCCAAAAAUCUUGAUCUGAAAGGUGACCUGUACAUUGCCGGCCUGGCACAGGGCAUGUACAGCAAUCUGCCCAAACUUGUGGCUUCCAGAGAUGGUUUUCAAGGCUGCCUGGCCUCUGUGGAUCUCAACGGGCGACUCCCUGACCUGAUCAAUGACUCCUCACACCGCAGCGGGCAGAUUGAGCGUGGAUGUGAAGAUGCUUUGACCAAAGCUAAUCUACAAGGUCCAACAACAACCUGUCAGGAAGAUUCCUGUGCAAACCAGGGCGUGUGCAUGCAGCAAUGGGAGGGAUUCACCUGCGACUGCUCCAUGACGUCCUACUCGGGGCCACAGUGCAAUGACCCUGGUGCAACAUACAUAUUUGGGAAGAGCGGAGGCCUCAUCGUGUACACGUGGCCUCACAACGAUCGGCCCAGCACCCGCACCGACCGCUUGGCCGUGGGCUUCAGCACUACUGUCAAAGACGGGAUCCUGGUGCGGAUUGACAGCGCUGCCGGACUGAUGGACUUUCUGCAGCUACACAUAGAACAGGGGAAGGUUGGAGUGACCUUUAACAUUGGGUUAAUGGAUAUAUCUAUACGUGAAGACAGUAACCCUGUGAAUGAUGGCAAUUACCAUGUGGUGAAGUAUACUCGGAAUGGAGGCAAUGCAACUCUACAAGUGGAUAGCCGGCCCGUCAACGAAUACUACCCAGGAGGCAAUACUGAGCUACACCAAAAACCGAAACUGUCCUAUAAGUUGCCUCGGAACCCAGACGACGGCCAGCAAGACAAAGGGCUCAGUAUCUCAGGAAUGGAAGAUGGCACAAGACUUCUGAAUCCUGAGUUCAAGAGAGUGGGAACUGGCGUUGCAAAAGGGCGACCCCUGACCAUCUUUAAUACACAAGCACAGAUAACCAUUGGUGGAAAGGACAGGGGAAGGCCAUUCCAAGGACAGCUUUCUGGUAUCUACUACAACGGCCUGAAAGUUCUCAAUAUGGCUGCUGAACACAACCCUCAUAUCAACAUCAGUGGAAGUGUAAGGCUGGUGGGAGAGGUCCCCUCAAUCCUUGGAACAACGCCUACCACUUCCAUGCCUCCUGAAUUGUCUACAACCAUCAUGGAGACCACCACAACCUUGGCCACUACAACAACGAGAAAGAACCGCUCUUCUCCAGGAUCAGUGCCCACGGAUGACAUUGUGUCGUCAGCAGAAUGUUCUAUCGGCAGUGAUGAUGAAGAUGCGGCAGAAUGUGAUACUGGCACAGGUACGUCAGGAGGUGAAUUAGUUAUACCCUUCCUAGUAGAGGAUCCCUUAGAUACCCCUUCAAUAGCUACACGUGCACCCUCCAUCACCCUCUCCCCUACCUUCCAACCACUUCUCACCAUAAUUGAGACCACCAAAGAUUCCCUGUCUGUGACCCCUGAGGCGGGGUUACCUUGCUUGUCGGACCAAGGCAGCGAAGGUUGUGAUGAUGAUGGCUUGGUGAUAUCGGGGUAUGGCUCAGGGGAAACCUUUGACUCUAACCUGCCCCCUACCGAUGAUGAAGAUUUUUACACCACCCUCUCCUUGGUAACAGAUAAAAGCUUUUCCACAUCAUUCUUCGAUGGUGGCUUCAAAUCACAAGCGCCCAAAUGGGGAUCAAAGGACUUUAGACCUAACAAAGCCUUCGAACCUGGUAGGACUUCUACCACAAGUUUGCCCCCUGAGCUGAUACGCUCCACGUCUGCAUCUGGGAUGGUACCCAUGGUGCCAGCUGGCAAAAUGAAUAUCCAUGAGCUCAAACCCCAGCCAGAUAUAGUGUUGCUACCGUUGCCCACUGCCUACGAGCUAGACAGCACAAAGCUCAGGAGUCCGCUAAUAACAUCCCCCAUGUUCCGUAAUGUGCCCACAGCAAACCCUACGAUGCCGGGAAGCAGACGGGUCCCGGGGCCUUCCGAGGUGGUCCGGGAGUCCAGCAGCACCACAGGGAUGGUCGUUGGUAUUGUGGCAGCCGCUGCUCUAUGCAUCCUGAUCCUCCUGUAUGCCAUGUACAAGUACAGAAACAGGGACGAGGGCUCCUACCAGGUUGAUGAGACAAGGAAUUACAUCAGCAACUCCGCUCAGAGCAAUGGGGCCCUAGUGAAGGAGAAGCAGCACAGCUCUAAGGGCGGCCACAAGAAGCAGAAAAAUAAGGACAAGGAGUAUUAUGUGUAAAAUAACGUUAAAUAAUAUAUGUAAUCAAAGCAAACACAGAUGUGAACUAACAAAAAAAACUCCAUCAGCAAAGGCAAACAUACAUUGCUAUUGAUGUAUAGUAGCAUAAACACCAAGGACCGUAGCAGCAACGUCCUGACAGUGAGUUCUGGAACGGCAGCUGCCUUGUGCCUGAGGCAGGUGUAUGACCGAGAGAGCUGUUACUGUUCUGUCCAGGCUGGACACGGCUAACUUUCUGCUCAACUGUAAUAUAAAGCACACUUACUAUUCUGUUUGCCCUGAAUGGCAAAAACAACAGAAAGAAACUAUAUAAACCUAUAUAUAUCUGUAUACACUCAAACAUGAAAGUUAUGUGAACUCCAGCUGACCAGUUCUAGGGCUCUCUUCUCUAUAUGUGUGGAUCCAGGUCAGAGGAGCCUCUGGGAUCCAUCACAUCACAACUCAGAGAGCCUUAAAAUAUUCAAGCAAGAUAAAAAAGAAAACAAAAAAAAAAGUCAAAGACUCUGAACCGUAUAUAUAUAUUUUUUUUUUCUUCAGUUAUUGUUUUUGGGAGGUUUUUCAUUUUCCUCAAUUUGUUUUAUUUUGUUUUUUUAUUUCUCAAUGCUCUCCCAUCUUAAUGAUAUAUACCACAUGGCCAGAUGUAGCCAUGUACAGCCAAGGAACUGUAGAGUCCAUGUACAAUAGCUGAUGCGUGCGCUGAGUGCCUGUGCCGAGUGUCUGCGGAUUAAGACUGAUGCCAUAUACAGUCAUUGUGUGUUCUCUUUCAUAUCAGGUUGUGGUGUCCAUAGAACAUAUUGUUUGCAGGAUGUUUAAAUAAUAAGAAAAACUAUUGUAGGGAGAGGACUGGUGAGGGCUUGGGUCUGUUGUGAGAUCUGGCCAGUGUUUGUAGAUACACAAAAUACCGUCACAAGGCCAAAUCUGCCUGUGAGAAAGGGGCGAGGAAGCCUCUGUCCUUAUGUUCUUGCAGCCAAACAUCAACAAUUGAAAACGAGCCUGAAACGGGAAUCAAAUAUAUUGGAGACAAAACAAAAAAAAAACUACAAAAAAACAUCCUUCUACAAAGGAAGAAGUAUCCGAGACUUUUUCUUUGCAUUCUGGUUUUGUGACUUCCUGCAAUGCAUGCAAAAAAUAAAAAUAAAGUUUCAAUUUAAAAAAAACAAAAA